AUGAGGUCGCUUCUUUGCUUGGGACCACUUCUUUUUCUGGUCAUUGCUGUUUCUGCCAAUGUGGAGAAGACCAUAUUCAAGGCACCCAAACCUAGCCUGCUGCAAUCACAUCAGGCCAUGUUCGAUGACUUGGAGAUAGAGCGAUUAUCCCCAAAGACGCCAUCCACCAGAACAUAUAUCGCAGCUUCAUUUCCGUCGGAAGAAUCUCCCAAAGGGUUUGAAAGCUGGUUUUACCUUGACUCUUUGGAACCUGGUCAGCGAUAUGAGGUUCGCAUUUGCUACCUCGCAACUCAACCAACAUCCUUCACUGUUACAACCCUCACCGUUUCCGAAAUCCUUGACUCGCCUUCCUUAAUCUCCAGCCUAACAACAUUCGCAACAUCACACUUCCCAACCCUCCUCGGACGGCUUCAAAGAGACUACCAACAAAGCCACGAGCACCAAUCCAACAACCCUUUCGCCCUCCCGCCAAAACUCGGCAGCUCGGGAAGCCGGAACGCUCGUAACAGAACUCCCACCUCCGCCUUAUUUCUGCAAGUCCAUGCCGCCGCUGAUUACUUCACAGUAGAUAAGGGUCUAAUGGAGAAUGUGCCCCCAGUGCAUGUUGAUAUCAUUCUCGACCCUUUCAUUUUUAAUGUGUUUCCGAGAUCGUUGUUGCCUACUGCCGCGUACAUUCUUACUCUUGCGGUGGUGUCCUGGGUUAUCUCUCGGUUUAUAUGGAUUGGGGUUGAAGGUGUAGUGGACUUGUCUAAGAAGAAAGGAGAUCGGGGAGAUGAGCGGUGGAAGGAUGGAGGCGCGGGGAAAAAGGAUAUAUGA